AUGGUUAAAGAAGAUCUAAUGUCCAGCACUAUGCAAGCUAAUUCUUUUUGGAAUAAUUAUACGGCAGCUCAAGAGUGGCAGAAAAGACACAGUGUUACUUGGUGGAGGACGCGCUGCUUUGCAUUAGAAUAUGAGAAUCAAAUAUUGAAAGAUAAACUGAGAUCAUUGACCCGUCAAAAUGCUCAACCAUGUUCAGAUUAUGUAAAAAAGAGUCAGAACCAUAAAGAUCAAGAGGCAGCAGAAGAGGAGGAUGAAACAGGAUGCACAGAAGACCAAGAGAAUCUAGAGUUUCAAGUGAAUGAAGAUAUGAUGGUCUUCUUAGAGCAGAGUCUGAGGCAUAAAUUUGAAUUAAAACAGAAGCGUGAAGCUGAAUCAUCUGCUAGAAAGGAGGAGGAGAAAGAUGAAGAUAAUGGUAUUCAAGGUGGAGCCGCUUGGAUAAAUGCAAGAAAUAGCAAUGCAAAAUUACUGUAUGGUGAAGCCAGUCCCACGAUAUUAGCAAUGGAAACUGCCCUUCAAACAACUGUUGACAGGCACAAAGAUAAAGCAAAACCUCAGUAUUGGCCUGUUAUUCCUUUAAGAACAUAAACUCUAAGAUGAGUUGUUAUUUUAAACUUAAACAUAUUUAAACAUGUAUCUUAUGGAUAAAUAUAAAGACAUUUUUUUUA